AGGGCACACGUAAGGGGUGUCACGCCCCGGGGGUGGGCGCCGGCGUCGAGAAGAGCCCAGGGAAGGGUAACACGCCCCACCGAAAGGAAGUAGGACAUAUUUUAUAGGGAGAAGGACCUGCAGGAGUCGCCGUAGGAGUUGCUGAACAGUUUAAGAGCAACACAGGAUGUCGGCGAGCAGUUAGUGUCAGUGACGCCACUAGCGGAUAUGCAGGGGUGACGUCACCAGGAGAGUGCCAUCCCUUGACACAACACCAUCAGCCUUCAGUGUCCCUCUGACCACCUUGGUCCUCACCACGCUCACCUCCCGCUAGUGUGUGCACCAUGAGGCCCUCACACCUCAAGUGUUAACUCUCGAGGAGGAACUCAACUUAGAUAGUGCGGGUGUACAGUGUAGGAGAUGAGGUGUCGUCACCAUGCCCAACAUGAACCUCAAGAAGCUGUGGAAGAAGAAGAGUGUCACCAUCACUGAGUAUGACCCCACCUACAAGGUCGUAUACCUGGGUAAUGUCCUCACCGGCUGGGCCAAAGGUGAAGGGUGUGUGGACAAGCCCCUAGCGACACUCUGGAGGAACUACUGUCAGAGUAACCGUCAGGACAUUGCUAUGAAGGUGACGAUCUGUAGCGCAGGGUUGAGGGCGGUGACGCAGGAACACGGCCUGACGGAGUACUGGGCUCACAGAGUCACCUACUGUGUGGCCCACCCCAGCUACCCCCGAGUGUUCUGUUGGGUUUACCGCCAUGAAGGCCGUAGACUCAAACAAGAACUGAGAUGUCACGCUGUACUCUGUCCUAAGAAUACCAAAGCUGAGGCCAUGGCAGCACAGUUGAGAGUUCGCCUGGCAUCAGCCUUACAAGAGUUCCGGCGAGAGAAGGUCGUACGGCAGAACGCUCGACUGUCCCUCAUGCACGCCAUCUACGACUCCGCCUCCAUCCCUCGCCGUAAGCUCCUCCUCUCCACCGGGGGCGCCAACUAUCGUCCUCCUCUUGAACGAUCCAAAAGUGCACCAAAACUCGGGGCCAUUGAGGAGACGAUAGAAGAAGAGGAUGAGGAAGGUCUUGGUAACAGUGAUGAGGAGGAGAUAGAUGAGAUUGAGGCAGCUUCAGUACACCUACAGCCCGAGGAAGACGUCGGGGGCUCGAGUACCAUGUCAGAGACGACCUCGGAUAUCGUGGUAGAUUAUGACUCCAGCAGUGAGGUGGCGAGUGCUGGACAAGACCAAUAUGUGUUGGAGGAAGAGUAUGAGGGUCCACACUUUGCCUCUCCUUGUCACCACUCUGAUAGUCUCCUGUACUGCCCGGUGCCUCCUCUCUCACCCUUGGAUGAUCGACCACAGCAUCAUCUUCAUCACCACCAUCAGCCGCUGGGUGUGGUGGAGGAGGCUGGGGAUGAUGAGGGCACGUGUGAAGAUGCCAGUAGUGUCCCAACAACGGACAACCUGGGUUUACUGGCCACCUUAACCCGUGAACUGAGUCUCGCUCCCCCGGCCGAGGAAUCUCUCACCUCAGACCAGCCUGAGUCCCUGGGAUCCCACUGUGAUUCGUGCAGCUCCUCAUGUGGUGCCUGUAGUGACCCCUGUGACGUCACUACCGAGCAGGAAAACCUCAUGAACCAAAGUGAUCACAGGAUUAAUGAGAGUCGCCUCAUUACUGAAGGUGACAACCCGGUGAAGAUGGCACGGAUGGAAGGUGACAACAUCAGUGAAGAAAGUGGUUACUCUGAGGACAAGGACUCACUUCAAAAUCUUGAUGCAACCAAACUGUAGUGCCCUGUGACAGUGAAACCCGGUACUGUACCUUACCAGUGACUUACCAGUGAUUCUGUAGUGUGUGUGUGUAUGUGUGUGUGUGUGAGUGUGUGAACCUCCUUCCCUCGUCCAGAAAAUAUAAUCAUGCAAGUCCCUUUCCUCUGUGUGAAUACAGUUAGGAAUGUGUGUGACUCAUGUAUGGACAGAUGUGCUUCCCUGUCACAUCUCCGAGGUGGUCUGUGCUUCUGUUACUAGUCCAGAAAACUUUAUUAUUUACUGAACAUCUCGUGAAGUGCUUCUUAUAGGGCCACUUGUUGUUAAAAAUCUAAGGAAUUAUGUUGUGAUGAAAUAUUUAAUAUGUAAAAAAAAAUGACUCGAUGCUUCCACUCGUAGAUGUUUGUAUGUGUUGAGAAUUAAGAAAACAUGAUCAUAACACAAAUCAAAAUGCCUUAUGCUUUAUUCAGUUGACAUUUGAUGAAGGUAAUGUUUGCUUCUACCAUGCAUUCAUUUACCUGUGGAUAAAUGUCAGCAAUUACUAGAAGCAGAAUACCCUCAGCAGAUUACCGUAAUUCUCGUCAGAUUACGGUAAAUCUGGAUGCAUUAGUGUUGGAGUAGACAGAUUACCGGUGACUGCAAAUACCCCAGCUGGGAUGGUGUCCCCAGGCUGGCAGUGAAUCACAAAUAUUAGCUUUAUCCCACAUCUGUUCUCGAGUCUUAACUAAGCUGUGGAUGUCAGUGACUUAAGCUUUUUAACACCACUAAGCUGUAUGAGCAUCGUCAGUAUAGCUGCUGACCCUUAGAACCAGCGUUAUUAUAGCCACAAACCGUAGUAUUCUCCAAUGUACACUCCCACUUACUGAACACUCCUUAUCUCAGCUUAAAUCCAAGUCAAGAUAAGAAAUGUUUACAGUAAUACAUCAUUUAGUGAAGUUAAUGAGUCCUCCACUAUAGCAAAAAAGAAUAAUUAUUUAUCUCUUAGUUCACAGAUUGUUGAUAAGAUACAGUUCAAGCACCAGCCAUUGUGUGAUAUGACCCCUCCCCCCACCCCCAAAGGUGCCAUAUUCUGUUGUGUAUGUUCACCCCACUUCUUCUACCCUUUCCCCUCCCCUUCCUCUCCCCACUCCACCACCAGACGGCUCCUCAUCCUCCUCAUCUUGCCUCAUUCACCCCUCACCACCCUGCCUCAUUCACC